UUUGUGCAGAAAAGUUAAGCGCCAGCCCACAAUGUCCGCCCUGAAAGCCUUCAUCUUCGUUGCCCUCUUUGCCGUGGCCUACUGCGCCCCCCAUCCGGGCUUCUUUGGCAAACACGAACACCAUACCAUCCACGUUCCCUACAAGGUGCACACCGUCCAUCAUCAUCAUGUCCAGAAAAUCCAUGUGCCGGUGGUGAAGCACGUUCCCGUGCCCAUCUACAAGGAGGUUCCAGUCCAUCAUGUCCAUCAUGAGGAGGUCCCUGUGCCGGUCCAUCAUGUCCACCACGAGGAGGUCCCUGUUCAUCAUGUUUUCGAUGAUCAUCACGAUCAUCACGGCUGGAGCUCUCACCACGGACACGGCUGGCUGUAAGCCACCUGUAAGUCCCGCAGUCUGAAGGCCCACCCACACUCAGUAAAUCAAUGAAUAAAACCAGCCUGUAAAUA